CGUCCACUUCCGGCCAGGUCAGUCGGCGACGUGCUGCCUACGUCCACAAGCCACGCACAUCAACAAGGAGAUAGCAUUUCUUUGUAGCGGUCCGCUCUGAAAAACACGUCUAUUGCUCGCAGCUACUUCAACCAAAAUGAAUGUGGGUGUGGCACAUAGUGAGGUGAACCCGAACACGCGGGUCAUGAACAGUCGAGGCAUCUGGCUGACCUACGCUCUCGGUGUUGGAAUGCUUCACAUCGUGCUCCUGAGCAUCCCCUUCUUCAGCGUGCCCGUGGUGUGGACGCUCACCAACGUCAUACACAAUUUUGGGAUGUAUGUUUUCAUGCAUGCGGUGAAAGGCACUCCCUUCGAGACCCCCGACCAAGGAAAAGCCAGACUCCUUACACAUUGGGAACAGCUCGACUACGGCGUGCAGUUCACAUCUUCUAGAAAGUUCUUCACCAUCUCCCCAAUCAUUCUAUAUUUCCUGGCAAGUUUCUACACAAAGUACGACACGACACACUUUGUCAUAAACACUGCCUCGCUGUUGAGCGUGCUGAUCCCCAAGCUGCCACAGCUACACGGCGUGAGAAUCUUCGGCAUCAACAAAUACUAAGCUGAGUGUUAUAAAGUGCUGUGCCUCAUAGCAAGAUUAGUUAACCCCUGUAAUCUGUACCACCAAUGUGUGUACUAAGCUGUUUUGUACAAUUUGUGUAAUUGUCACUGUUGUCGUUUAGAUAUCAGGUUCAAGGUGAGAAGCUUAAAAAAAAAAAAGUAGAUUUGUAGAGGACGGGAUGCCAUAUGCAUUACUAACUUAAGUGAAUAUUUAAAAAAAAAAAAAAAUCCUUUGUUUUUUGGGUCUGCAUAGACCUGGGCUGGCCCAGGUUUCAGCAGUGACACUUUUGGUUGUUUGGUUGUGUUUUGUUUGCCCUUACUUCACACAGUGACACAAAGACUGAGCACGAGUCACAGUUUAUAGCCACAAUGAUGUCCUAAAUGUAUUUUUAAAGAUGUUUUCUUCCUAAGCGUAGGAGCCUGUGGCUCAUUGUUUAUUGGUACACUCUCAUUUUGUGAUGGGUGUCAAUCUUAUUCAUGCUGAGUGAAGAAUGAAAUCAUACCUUUUAUUUGCACGAUUUCCUUGGUAUGUGAAUCAUUUCUCAUUGUAACUCAAUCAGAUAGGGCAAGCAUUUUUCAUUGUACAGUUUUUUUGUGAAUGUUAUGUCUUGUAUGUUUUUUUUUUCAAGUCUUCUAUGUAGAAAUGGAGACAUCUAUUGUUGCCAGAUUAAGUGUUUACUGAGGCAGGUCUACAGUGUGUCUAUUACUAUGUACUUAUAUUCAUGUAGCUGCUUUGUUUCGAUUGACCUUUUGCUAUCAACAAGGCAGCUAGUCCUGUUUUGUUUGACCAUAAUUCAUAGUAAUCUUGAGCCCCUCUGUUCCUAACCUCAUUAAAACAUUUUGUGCCCUCAAA